ACACAACUAAGCGUGUAUCAGUGUAUGAUUAUACAAAUAACCCAGUUGAAAUCUUCUGUCUAAAGUUUCAACAAUUCAAGUGUGUUUCUCUUAGAAAUUUCUAAAGUGUUUUAUUCAAAUGUAUAAUAACUACUGCGACAAUUGGGAGAGACUAGUGAAAGCUGUGUUUGAUAGAGAUAAACUUAAGCAGCUUGCUUUAGCUCCUUCUAGAGAGCCUAGUACAAGGUCCAUAUCCAGGGCGAGUUCGAGCUCCAUAUCCAGUGCAAAUUCUCCAAUCCACGAGCAGAUUCUUCGACUUGAAGGUUUUACAGUAAAUGAACCUGACUGGGAGAGAUUACUGCCACCUGAUUAUGAAAACAUCAUCUCCAGAUCCGUGAAUCGUGUAACCUAUGCUACCAAGAACGACCUCUACUUAAGUCUCUGCGAAUCUCCUAUUUUACUUGACGGUGGAAAAAUGAGCUUUCAUCUUGAUAAAAGAACAGGGAAGAAAUGUUAUAUGAUUGGAGCAAAGGAACUCAAAAUUACCUGGGGUGACAUCCCGAAGUACUGGGAAUGGAAGUCUCAGAUAGAUUCCAGAUUCUCAAUAGUGGCAAAGCUUUUGGAAGUAUGGUGGCUUGACAUACGAGGCAAGAUAGAGGCAAAAAUGCUAUCCCCAAAUACUCAUUAUGCAGCUUAUCUCGUAUAUAGGUUAGCAAAGAAUUUCAAGGGCCUUGGAUCAGCUAAUGGGAUGAUCAAGUUUCUUAUCCAUGAAGACGAUGCUGAUGCUGAAAAGCCAGCUACUACUUUGAGACUUCAACCACCCAAGGAUACAAAUAGUCAGAAUGCUGUCAUGAGGAGACCCGAUGGAUGGAUGGAAGUAGCAAUGGGACAUUUUUAUACUGAUAAAGGAGUUGGCAUGGUGGAGGCACGGUUAUUGGAAACCAAUUGUUGGAAGAGAGGCCUCAUUGUUGAAGGAAUUGAAUUUCGACCCCUGAAUGCAGAUAGUGUUAUUUUUUCAAAGAAAAAUGUGAAAAAAGUAAAGAAAGGGUUCUUAUCAAAACUUGGGAUUUCUCAAAAGGUUAUAUAUAAAAAGACAAAAAAAAUGUAAAAAUAAAUAAAUAAAUAAAUCCAAGUCUGCUUGAAACUAUCCUUUUUCUCUUUCGUCUCGUGAAGUUUGAUGUUUUAGAAAUAUAAAAACCUUCCGUGUUA